GGGGGGACGACGUAAGGUUCGACUGAGAGCUGACCGUGUUUUCAACAGGAAACAAAUCAGAGAGAGGGAGAGAGUGGAAAUGCUGUUGUAACCGCUGUGUUUGUCACGAUUUUGUGAGUGUUUUCCUGGAAGCUGACGUUUAGCGAAUCACGCCAAUCUGGAGCCCGUUUGUUUAGACCCGGGAAUCUAAGCCAAAGGUGUUUAUUUUGUGUUUUUGGAGGCGUGAAGCUCGAGGCUCGCAGAAUGACCGUUGACUGGCCCGAUCUGCUUAUCGUUUGCGGGCAUUAGGAACUAUCACUACCUCCGUUUGCUGGCGAAACAAACACAACGCAUUUGCCUUCGAGGGUCUUUAGGGUGGAAAUGAAGAGAAUAAUGGCAAUGCUGGCAGUCCGAAUGCUUGUGUUGGGCUUGUGGAUAGGGGGGCAGUCAGCCACCGCGGGAGAGGGACAGUCCACUCCGGCCACAUGCUUUCCGCUGUGCCGCUGCGACGAGGACGGAGGAGCGGACUGUUCUGGACGAGGACUGACCUCUGUUCCCACCGGCCUCAGCGCUUUCACAUAUUACCUGGACAUCAGCAUGAACAACAUCACUGAGCUGCCUGCUAAUGUCUUCAGAAACCUGCCCUAUCUGGAAGAACUACGUUUGGCUGGUAAUGACCUUGCUUUCAUCCACCCAGAGGCUCUGUCUGGCCUCCAUCAGCUUAAAGUCCUGAUGCUUCAGAACAAUCAGUUGAAGACUGUCCCCAGUGCAGCUCUCAAGAAUCUCCAUGCCCUGCAGUCUUUGCGGUUGGAUGCUAACCACAUCACUUCAGUGCGUGAGGAUAGUUUUGAGGGCCUGCAGCAGCUCAGGCACCUCUGGUUGGAUGACAACAGCCUGACUGAGGUUCCCAUUGGCCCCCUACAGCACCAGAGUAACCUGCAGGCCCUGACGUUGGCGCUUAACCGGAUCACACACAUCCCAGACAACGCCUUCGCCAACCUCUCCAGCCUGGUUGUAUUGCAUCUACACAAUAAUCGGAUUCAGGAGAUUGGAAAAAACUGCUUUAAUGGGCUCGACAACCUGGAGACAUUGGAUCUAAACUUCAACAAUCUGAAGACCUUCCCAGAGGCCAUUCAGACACUGCCCAAACUGAAAGAACUUGGAUUUCAUAGCAACAGCAUCACAUCCAUCCCUGAGGGUGCCUUCAGUAGGAAUCCCCUGCUACGCACAAUCCAUCUUUUUGACAACCCUCUCUCCUUCGUGGGAACUACUGCUUUCCAGAACCUGUCAGACCUGCACUCUCUAAUGCUGCGCGGUGCCAGUAUGAUCCAGGAUUUCCCCAGCCUGACUGGAACAAUAAAUCUAGAAAGCCUGACUUUAACAGGAACUAAAAUCAAAAGCAUCCCAGCAGACCUGUGUGAGGAUCUGACUGUGCUCCGAACACUAGAUCUUUCCUAUAAUGACAUUGGAGACCUGCCGUCCUUUCAAGGCUGUGUUAGACUGCAGGACAUAAGUCUACAGCACAAUCAAAUCCAGCAGAUAGACAGAGGAACUUUCCAGGCGAUGACUAGCCUUAGAGCACUAGACCUGAGCAGAAACCGGAUCAAGUUCAUCCACAGAGAUGCUUUCCUUUCUCUCAGCGCUCUCACCAACCUGGAUCUCAGUCUGAACUCCCUAGCCAGUGUUCCUACCGCAGGACUGAGUGCACUGAACCAGCUUAAACUGACUGGAAAUGUGGAACUGAGGAACGGUCUAAUGUCUAAAAGUCUGCCUAAACUCAGGUCAAUUACGGUUCCCUAUGCCUACCAGUGUUGUGCUUUUGUGACUUGUGACAGUGCAGUUAACCCAGCUGAGGAUGACGAGCGGAGAAAUGCAUUUGGUGGUGAGGAGGAGAUGGAAAGGAUUCCUCUAGUCAUGCACUGCUCACCCUCACCGGGGGCAUUUAAACCUUGUGAACACUUGUUGGGAAGCUGGAUGAUCCGGUUGACCGUGUGGUUCAUCUGCCUGGUGGCGCUCCUUUUCAACUGCCUGGUGCUUGCAGCCACCUUCUCCCCACGCACCUCUCCUCUCUCCCCGUUCCGACUCCUGGUGGCUCUCCUGGCCUCCGCUAACCUGCUGACCGGGGUCUACGUGGCAGCGCUGACACUCCUGGACGCUGUUACCUGGGGCUCAUUUGCAGAUUAUGGCGUGUGGUGGGAAACAGGUGCCGGAUGUCAGGUGGUGGGCUUCCUCGCCGUGUUUUCCUCCGAGUGGGCUGUCCUGCUGCUGGCGUUAGCUGCGGUGGAGCGCUGCUUUGCUGUGAGGGCUCUGAUGGGCAAGGCGGGAGCUUUGAGGUCCAGUAGCGAAAGGAGGGAAUGGCGAAGAAAGUUUGGUAUCGCUGCACUCCUGUUGGGAUUGGUAUCUAUCGCGGCGGCCUGCCUCAGUCUAUAUCAUGAAUCAGCCAUGGGCUCUCCUCUCUGCCUGCCCUUCUCUGGAGGUCCCGGACCAGGUCUGGGGUUCACGGUGGCACUGGUGCUUUUGAACACACUAGCGUACCUGCUGAGCGCGGUUGUCUACAUGCGGUUAUACUGCAGACUGGGUCGUGCCCAGCUGGCUGACCCCGAGCAGGCCGGGUCUGUGAGGCAUAUUGCUUGGCUCAUCUUCACCAACUGCAUCUUCUUCUGUCCUGUGGCGGCUUUCUCAUUCGCUCCCCUGCUGGCCGGGACCAGCAAUGCAGUGGGCGGACCGGAAAUGGCCAAAUCCGUGACGCUCAUAUUCUUUCCCCUCUCCGCCUGCUUGAACCCUGUGCUGUACGUCUGCUUCAGUCCCUCCUUCAGAUAUGACUGGUUUCGGCUUAGAGGACGGGGGAGAGCUGGAGGUUGCGGCGGGCUGGUUGGUAAAGCGGUCACUAAAGGGACGGCAGCAGGAGGCUCGGCGCUAUCUGACGACGGCGAAGGCUUGUCCAGCGAUUGCGGAAUGUACACAAAGUUGCACAGCAACACUCGGGGAAUGUGCGAACACUGUGACGCCACCCUCCACAUCAGGACAUCUUCCUCUUCUGCUUCCUCCUCUUCCUCAGCCUGCAGACAUUUAGUGAAGUCCCACAGCUGCCCUGCCCUGAUGGCGAACGCAUCUCAGUGCCUGAGCUCAGAGGGGUACUGGCCCGACACCGGGACGCUUUCCGCCCAGUCAGAAUAUGGAGACGAGGGCGAUUCAUUUGUGUCAGACAGUUCAGAGCAGGUUCAGGCUUGCGGCCGAGCUUGUUUCUGUCAGAGCCGCGGCCUCCCUUUAGUACACUACUCAUAUAACGUCCCCCGCAUGACAGACUGAGCUCACAGCCCCGUGCACUCACACACUCACUUCCUCACAGAGUCCCCCAGGGUGUGGAGUGUCCCUGCUCCGCAAGGACAGAGAACAGGGAGGGGCUGGACACAUGGCCGCAGAGCCAUUGAGACAAACAGACCGGAAGCACUUUUCACACUUGUGUGCAUGUGUGUGUGUGUGUGUGUGUGUGUUUGAGUGAAUAUAGACCAAAUCCAUAAAAAGGGAAUCUGACGAUACAGAACGACUCUCUGAGCCAAAUGUUGUCGGCAAACAACAUGUUUCCUGUCCACCUCCUCAGCCAAAUUCAGUUGCAUUGGCACCCAGGGGUGAUUGACAGUAGGAUGGCCACAGUAAGCGUAUAUCCCCAGUGCCUGCCUUUCAGUUUGCAAGAGUAGGACAUUUUUAGAAGAGAAAAAUAUAUUUUCCCUUUUAUUCUUUCAAACGUUUGUCCUUUCAAUUUAAAGCAGGGAUAUGUGUGCCAUUGUUGAUUGUCUUUUUUCUUAUUCCUUGUCAUCAUAAAGCCUGACUGAGUUCCAGUUUGCCGAUGAGAAUGUAAUGUUCAUACUGUCUUGUGUUUAUGCCCUCUCAUUUCUGAGUAAGUUCAAGUUGAAAAGCAUUCAUUCCUUGCCUAUUUUUUUUUUCUGGAAGUGAUCUUAAAAUCACAGUCCUCUCCUUCAUCUAAAAGAGUGAUCCAUGCCAAUACUCUAUUAACUGAAAAGAAAUCAUAUUUAAUUUAUGUUAUACAAUUACUUUUGGAUGUCUUGACCAGAGCGCUUCCUUAAUCACUAGUAAAUUUCGAAUAAUUUAUUUUAAGACAUGGAAAUGGUUUGAUGAAUGAAUGGCAAACUACACUUUUUUUAUUCUGCUAUUAAGUCACUAGAUCAUUUUGAUAUGUAUUUUGUACACUGGUAGUGAAAAAAAUGGGUUUCACGUUAGUCAUGUUAUGGUCGAUAAACUCUAUAUAUAUAUAUACUGUUAAAAAUAAAUCAAAAAUAAUUCUCUAAAAGUGAAAAUAUAUAUUUUUUUACAUUCUACAAAUGAAUUUAACAUAACAUAACAUGAAAAGUUUAAAGAUUAACUUUAAUUGAGAAUUUGAUGACUACAAACCUAAUCUAAAAUUGAAAACAAAAAUCUAAAUAUGAAAUGAGCAUGCAAAAUUAAAUGUUCUGUUUUGUUAAAUCCCAAUAAAAUAAAAAUCAAAAAUCGUAUAAACGAAAAUAUCUUGAUCUUGAAUAUUGUGCAUCCCUACACAAUAGCUGAUGUUACAUGCUUUUUUCCAAGGUCUUUAAUAUUUAUAGCCUGUCCUUAUGAAAACCCUUUUUUUACUCUACACUUAACAUCCAUACAGUAGCAUUCAUGUAAUCAGCUGUAUAAUAUAUUGAUGUUGAUGUUGCCAUUAAGCUAUGUCAUGUGGGAUGGACAAGGGGACCAAAGUAUGUCUUUGUGUUUAGCAAAAUAGAACAUUUCUUCAUCAUGAUUCUACUUGUAUACCUUUGUCCAUGUAUGUUCAGGAAUUCAAGUGAAAGGAAAUGUGUUUGUUUGCCUUACAUACCGAAUGUCAACACCUUUCUUUGGUCUUCUAAUAUGUUUGCAAAGUGGAUGCCAUUUUGCCAGUCAUAUAAGCUCUGGCAUCAACUGACAAGCCUUGCAGGUCGUAGCUACUAGAACUGACUUAAUUCCAAAGUGUGUCUGUGUGUGUGUGUGUGUGUGUGUGUGUGUGUAUGUGAGAGAGAGAGGUUUGUCAGAGAUGUCAGUAUGUUGUAAAUUAUUUUUGUAGGACACACACAUCUAAUCAAAAAUGGGAUGCAUUGUCUAACUGUGGAAGCUACCUCUUCAACCGUAGUGGCUACCAGUAGUGAGUAGUACAUGUGGUUACGUUUUCAUGUUCAUUUUGUUGGUAUGAUUGCUUGCGCUGUAAAUACAUCUAGUUGUGUGUUCUUACUGAAUGAGUCAUGCGUUAGUUUGUACUGGGAGAAAAUGACAUACUGUAUACAGGCAUUUUUGUAAACCAAACUAUAUAAACUGAUUCUCUUUAAAGA